AGACAAGACUUUAGAGAGCCCGGCUUAAACUGAACAACACUCCUGUAGCCAACCCAGCAGGAGGGAACACCGAGAAAACAACGCGUUAUACGCACAAAGUCGAUUCAGAAACAGAUGAUAAGAGAGAAAAUGUGAAGAUCUUUAGUUGUCAGUACUGGUGUAGUCAACAGUAACCGGGAAAGAUGGCGAGGACACAGACUCGCAUGUUCCUCGCCUUGGCUUUGCUGGGAAUUUUCUUCCUCGAUGUCUCUGUGAAAGGAGAGCUGCAGGGAGAGCAACAGGAGGAGGAGGAGGAGAGGUCCUGUCAGGGCGCCUUCGACCUUUAUUUUGUCCUGGACAAAUCUGGAAGUGUGAAGAAUCAAUGGAUAGAGAUUUAUUCCUUUGUGGAGCAGCUGGCGGAGAAGUUUAUCAGCCCCAUGCUGCGAAUGUCCUUCAUUGUCUUCUCCACGCGAGGAAACAUCAUCCUGAAGCUAACGGAGAACAGGGAGGCCAUCACUGAAGGCUUAAGAUCUCUGAGAACGGUUAUCCCUGGAGGAGACACAUUUAUGAACUUAGGCCUGGAGAUGGCUAAUGCGCAGAUACAUCAAGAGAAGCAGGGGACAGCCAGCGUUAUCAUCGCUCUGACGGAUGGAGAACUGAAUGAGUGGCAGUUUGACACAGCUCAGCGAGAGGCACAGAGGGCCAGGUCUAUGGGAGCCAUUGUUUACUGUGUAGGGGUCAAAGAAUUCAACCAGACUCAGCUAGCAACUAUUGCAGACACCGUGGAACAUGUGUUUCCUGUAUGGGGAGGCUUCCAAGCCCUGAGGGGAAUCAUUGACUCGAUCAUCAAGAAGUCCUGCAUUGAGAUUCUAGCGGCCGAGCCGUCCAGCGUGUGUGCAGGAGAGAGUUUCCAGGUGGUGGUGAGAGGCAAUGGCUUUCUCCAUGCCAGAAACAUAAACCAGGUCCUCUGCAGCUUCAAACUGAAUGAUACACUUACUGUGGACGAAAGACCAUCUGGAAUAGAAGAUACCUUCCUGCUCUGCACUGCUCCUGUCGUAGAGGAGGUUGGGAGGGUGAUCUACCUGCAGGUGAGCAUGAAUGAGGGCCUCUCCUACAUCACCAGCUCUGUUCACAUCACUACCACUGAAUGUUUCGACGGCACCAUUGUUCUAAUAUCGUUGCUGGUGGUCUUCCUGCUGUUGGCUCUGCUGCUCAUGUGGUGGUUCUGGCCUCUCUGCUGCACUUUGGUGAUCAAAGCACCUCCACCACCUCCUCCUCCAGAGCCAGACUCGGAUGAUGAUGAUGGGAUGCCCAAGAAGAGGUGGCCCACAGUGGAUGCAUCCUACUAUGGAGGAAGAGGAGUGGGUGGCAUUAAACGCAUGGAGGUGCGAUGGGGGGAGAAGGGAUCCACUGAGGAAGGUGCAAAGCUGGACAAACCUAAAAAUGCAGUUGUAAAGAUGCCAGACCAGGAAUUUGAACCGUAUGAGCCCAAGCCAAGAAAACCACGACGCCGCCCACCACAGCAGAGGAGAUGGUACUCACCCAUUAAGGGGAAGCUAGAUGCUCUGUUGUCUCUGUUCAGGAGAGGUUACGACCAGGUAUCUCUGAUGAGACCCCAGGCUGGAGACGAGGGUCGCUGUAUUAAUUUCCAACGGGUCAAAGAUGGGGAGUCCACCCCAAACAACCGGGCUCCUCCUCGCACACAUCACUCUCCCUCGCCGCCACCUCCUCCUUCUCCUCCGCCCGCCGAACAGCGACCUCUGGUGUCCAACUCUGUCCCCCGUUCGAAGCCUCCGUCAAGAGGGCCCCGCACCACGCCACCCUCCCGCGCACCCCCUUCUGUUCUCCAACCCCCUCCAGGUCCACCCCCAACUCGUGUACCCCCGGGCCCCUCAGGACCCCCGCCAUCUCGGCCCCCACCCACACUCUGAUGGUGAACAUGGGGCUUCCUAUAAACGUGAUACAUCAAUUAAUUCCAUAAAACACCCAUGUCCGUCUUUCACCCCAAAGACAGCAGAGACAAUACAUCUUUAAAGCCAGAAGCUCUGUGCUUUGUUGCUGGACAGCAAACAAUAUUUAUCUGAUUUCAAAAUCAGCUACUGCGUUUCAUAAGAUAUAACGUUUAUAAAAAAGAAAACAUCAUAGAAACAAGCAUGUAGUUACUUGAUUAAACCUGUAUGUACAGUAUUAGAUGUCUUAUUGACUUAAGUGGUAAGAGGAAGUCCAACAAAAAGGAUUCAUGUUGAAAGUUAGAUUUGUGUAUGAAUGAUGUCGAGAGUUCUGUGGAGCGAGGAUGUGCUGAAAAAUAAAGCAUGUAGUGAAAGAUGAUAGCAAUGUCGGUUAUGUUGGCUUAGUAUUUUUAAUGUACACGGUUAGGUUUCUACAAAUGACUGAUACAUCAUUGUACCUUUUUAACCAAACAUAAACAUCUACAUCUGUUACAUUUUAGUGUAAAGGUUCAGUGAUCCUUUUGCAACUGCAGGGCAGUUUCUCCAUAUUUUAUUUAUUAUAACACAAGCCCUGUCUGCAUCUGUUUUCUAUUUAGUAUUAGGUGGGUUUCUAGGAUUUCAAAUCUUUGAGGGAGGGGAAUAUCGAGGAAACAUCCUGGUAUGGCAUCAGAUAUAUUUGUGUUCUUAUUAACAUCAAGUGAAAGAUUGCAUUGGAAAUGAGUAUUGUACUGCAUUUACUGACUGAAAUGAUCAUUUCUUCAUUAACCUUUUGUGUCAGUCUUCAAUAAACAAUGUUUUGUAUG